AAAUAAUGAAGGAACAAUCUCAAGUGUUGAGGACUUCAGAUUAAAUUUGUAUCAAUAUUAUUACAUUAGCCUACUAUAUAAAGCACAGAUACAUUGCGAACAUUUAUUCAUUAUUAUUCUUCUUAGUUUAUAUAUGUACAUCAUUCGGCCCAAUUGUUUUAAUUCCAAAAUGAAACAUUUUAUCUUUUUCUGUGGCCUGAUAAGCAUCGUUUAUUCUAAAUCCUUGGGAUCAUCCCGGGGACAUGGGAGAUGUGUUAACAUGUGGGAUGAAGGAUGCAUCAACGGUCAACUUAAUGGCGCUGGUGGUGAUGAUAAUUACCUAAAUGGAGGUUUCAACCCGGGCAAGCGGUGCGUCAACAUGUGGGAUGAAGGUUGCAUCAACGGCCAGCUCAACGGAGCUGGUGGCGAUGACAAUUACCUGAACGGAGGUUUCAACCCGGGAAAGCGGUGCGUCAACAUGUGGGACGAAGGCUGUAUUAACGGACAACUCAAUGGAGCUGGUGGUGAUGACAAUUACCUGAACGGAGGUUUCAACCCGGGCAAGCGGUGUGUCAAUAUGUGGGACGACGGCUGCAUCAAUGGACAACUCGAGGGUGCUGGCGGCGACAACGAUUACCUGAACGGAGGCUUCAAUCCGGGAAAACGGUCGCUCCACGAGCUAAUGUUAAAAUUACGAAAACAUCCCAAGCACUAACUACCUACUCUUUCUAAUGCUUAUUUUUUUUAAAUUUAAGGUUGUUCCUUUUGUGGCAAAUAAAAUAAUACUUACCUAUUAAUUUAAUUCAAAAUGUUUCUCAUUUUAUGAUCUGUUAGGACAGUGACAUUUGAAAAUAUUCGUUCAUUCGUUUUUGUUUAAGUUGUUCGUUUUGUGGAAAAUAAAAAAAAAGAAUUGAAUUAAAAUGUUUCUUAUUAUGUAAAGGAGAAGAAAAUUUAUUUGAUAGAUAAUAUACAUUAUUUCUCUCCUACAUCAAAGUACAACAAAAAUAAUAGAUACAAUCAAUGCACUCUCGACGACCACAUAAAUAAUAGUCUCCUAUUUUCUGUCUGUAUGUAUGCGCUAUCUUGGAAAAUUGUGGACGGAUUUUGUUCCUGUUUGAAAUGUUGGAAAGAGUUUUAGGAAGGUUUGUGCGUAGCCGGGACAGGUCUAGUCUUAAAUAAAGAAUUCAUUUAAUAAUUAUUCAAAAACUUUAUUAUUGACAUAACCAGUGCCUUAAGCACAUAUAAACAUUAUAUAAAAAUAUUACAUUUUUGUUUGCAGCAUCACCUUGCAAUUUCAUUGCUACAUAAUUAAUUACAUAACACUUUCAUUUAAUUUUUUCCAAUUUUGUACCUUAAAAACACGAAUUAACUAUCUAAGUAUUCGUUAAUGAACGAAUUAAGGCAAAUAUUGUAAAAGGCUCAAAGUUUGGCAAGUUAUUUACAAAGUCUUUUCAUUGAUGCACAGGCGCAAAUAACUUAAAUCUUAAGAUUCAUACAUUACACGAUUUGAAUAAAAUAAAAUUAAGUAGAUUAAAAUAUUAUUAAUACUAAAAAUAUAAACACAAAUCAUAAAGCUAAGUAAGUCAAAAGGAUUUUAUAUGGUCGCUACCUUUUAUGGUAUAGAAGGAACAGCGAAAUGGCUUUGCACAUAUCGUCUUUCAAGUUGGCAAUUUUUGCUUACGAUGGGGAAGCCCUACUACGGCCCAAAUCUUCAACAAGGUGAAAGACAACGAAAAAUCCACUGAAAAUAUAUAGUUGGAGAUAUACUUGGGGAACCGAAUUAAGCUUACUUAUUUCUGCGAGACUAUUUAUUCCCUCUUAUUUUAUUGAAUGCUCAAUGGCUUUUCCCAUUUGCGUCUUCUACCUGAAGAAGUUAUUUUAAAACUAUCGUCUGAUCACUGUGACUGUUGUAUCAAAUUUGCUAACCCUACAAUUAAAAUUGUCAUUUAAUAUAAAGUUACAAAAUUAAUCGCCAUUUUUCGUUUGUUAUUUUUAGUUCAUAAAACUAGUAAUAUGUAUAAGGCAGUAAAAAGGCUAUAUUAUUAUUUGGCCAAGAUCAGGCUAGAUAUUGUAAGGACAACACAAAGAUUAUUUAAGUAGAUACCUACUCAUAAAUGCUUUUGACGUGAAGAUUAAUUUAAGGCUAAAAAACGGACAGAAAUAUUAACUUAAUACAUAAAAUAUACUAACUAUAAAAUACACAAAAUUAUUUUCACAUACAAAUAAAUAACUAGGUACUAAACACGUUAUUAUGCGCUAAUAAGCAUUAUUUAUUUUAAAGCGGUGGGUGGAUAUGACGGUCAACCACAAAUCAAGACGUUUUCCAUAUAAGUAAAAAGUAGCUAUUUAUUUUUCAAUGGAAAAAUAUUUUCCACACAUUUCAAAUGUAAAAUUCGAGUGUUUGUUAUUUAAAAUGGUAAUUAUUGGUGGCAGGUGUGUUUUUAUAAUUCUUAAGAUUUUUCAGUUAACUAACUACUUAGUCACCUUUUAUAGGCUAAUUUAUUAAGCGCCAUUUUCGAUGUUUAAUUAUACUUCUUUUAAAAGAUUUUAUUAUUAUAGAUUACGAAACGCAAUAGACAAUUUAUUUUGUAAAUGUGAUAAUAUUUAAAUUUUCAUCUUUUAAUUCCUUAUGGUUCCCGGCACCAGACGAAAAAAAGAAUAGGGCCUCCAUGUCUUUACCAUGAAUGUCGUUAAUGGCAACUCAGGGAUAGGCUAAUAAACUUGGGAUACUUCUGUUUCCCAGUUUUAUCUGUCUAUCUUCCUAUACUUUUAGGCGAUGAGCCAGAAACCUAUAACUACUUUAAUCUUAAUUCUAUCAUAAACCCAAAUAGCUGAACGUGAUCUAUCAGUCUCUUCAAGACUGUUUGCUCUGUCCACCCCGCAAGCAAAAUAGACGUGACUAUAUGUAUGUAUGUUCAUUAGCAACGGUCCUUAUUAUAAAAUUCCAUGUAGGUAUAAACUCGUGCCGAAUAUGAAAGUAGGUGCCUUAUUUCAUUAUGGUAUUUGUAUCAAAGUAUUUGUACUCCAUCUUCUACGAUUUAAUUACAAUUCAUUCUUACAAGCAAAUUGGCAUAUAAUUGUAUGUAAUGCCCUUGAUUUGUGGUUGUGGUCACUCGUACUGAG